UUACAGGACACACACACACACACACGACCUGACCUACACUCCUUUUCUACUACUACUGCUGCUACCCUUCUCCCAUUUGGUAUUACAAUUUUUGGGGCUUUGACUAAAAGUCUUGAGCUAAAAAAGCUUCAUUUUUUUAGAGCUCCUUCCUGCCCCGCAAUAAAAUUCGACAGGCAAUUUUUUUGCAAUUUGGGGGAGCCCGUGGCCUCCAAUCCGCCCGAAUUCGAGUGCCUCGUCGAGCUGAUCCGCAUGGAUCAGGGCAAUUGGAAAUUUGCAAACCUUGAGAGUUAGCUGAACAGUGCAGUACGCUGAAUUCUUUUUGAGUUCGUUCUCCUGGGCUUCUUCGUUCCUGCUCAAGUCCAGCUGCUUGUCAACGAAUUCAGAGGUGAAGAUGAGUGUGGAAUACAAUAUGGAUGAGGCUCUCAGAGCGCGAGGUGUUGCAGAGAACAAGUUUCAUGCGCGUGACAUCAGGGGGGCACGCAAGUACGCAGUCAAGGCCCAGAAUCUCUGCCCGACACUGGAGGGCAUAUCCCAGAUGGUGUCCACUCUUGAAGUUCAUCUUGCAGCGGAGUCCAAGAUUGAUGGAGAGAGUGACUGGUACCGGAUCUUGUCUCUAGGCGCUUUUGCAGAUGAAGAGGAUGUGAAGAAGCAGUACAGAAAGCUAGCUCUCCAGCUGCACCCUGACAAGAACAAGUCUGUUGGUGCUGAGGAGGCCUUUAAACUUAUCUCUGAGGCAUGGAGUGUGUUGUCUGAUACCAGUCGGAAGGUACUUUAUGAUCAGAAGAGGACUGAUCAUUCUGUUGUCAAUGUAACCAAUGGCAUGUAUACUUAUGAUAAGAAGGCAACCAAGAGAGCUCGGAAGAAUGCUGCCGCUGCCGCAGCCGCCGCCGCCGCAGCAGUAGCAGCAGCUGCUGCUGCUGCAGAGGCUACCACUCGUCCUGUUGGGGUUGAUACUUUCUGGACAUCUUGCAAUCGCUGCCGCAUGCAGUAUGAGUACUUAAGAAUUUAUCUUAAUCAUAACCUUCUGUGCCCAAAUUGCCAUCAUGCAUUCAUGGCCGUAGAGACUGGAUUUCCUUGCAAUGGAAGUAGUUCAUCGUUUUCCUGGUCAACCAAGCAGCAGCCACAGAACCACAAUUCCACCAAGCACUCAUAUGGCUCAACAAGCAGGACUUCUAGCAUUCCAGGAACAGGGCAUGUGGGUUACCAGCAAGAUAGUACUUAUGAUUCCUACAACAGUCAAAGCUUUCAGUGGAAUCAGUACUCUAAGACGACACCUGCAGCUGGUACAAAUGCUUACAGUACCCAGGCCUCGGAGAAACCUAGAAGGAAAAAUGAAGAGAGCUAUAGCUACAACUAUUCUGCAACUGGCAACGCUUGUGGCCCUGAGAAAACUCCUUCAAGACGUGGCAGGUUUGCAAAGCGGAGAAGGAAUAGUAAUGAUGGCUAUACUGCUGUGGAUUAUAGUGGUGAUAUCAAAGAAACAGUGGUUGCGAGCACGGAAACAAUUGCUUUCACUGAUGUAGGACGUGCCAAUGGCACUUCUGUGGAAAAGUUGAGAUCUGCAGUGAGUGUAAGAAGAGGUAAUGUUUUGAGAGAGAUCUCCCAGAUUGAUACACGGAGUCUGCUUAUUGAGAAAGCCAAGGAAGCCAUCCGGGGAAAGUUGCAAGACCUCAACAUGGCAGCAUCUUCACGGUUUGCAGAGAAACGGAAGUCAGAAGGAAAGGUAUAUCCUAGUGACAACAUAAAGGCAAAUGGGGUUCUCUCUGGCAAACCUGGCAAAGGACUCAAGCAAUGCAGCUCGAUAAGUGCUGACACCCUAGUACCUGUAAUUGCAACUGAUGAAAAGAAUCCAGAACAGAGGCGUGUGCCUGUGUCUAUUGAUGUCCCAGAUCCAGACUUCCAUGAUUUUGAUAAGGAUCGCACAGAGAGAGCAUUUUACAGUGAUCAAGUAUGGGCUACAUAUGACAGCGAAGAUGGCAUGCCACGUCUAUAUGCAAUGGUGCAGAAAGUUCUUUCAACGAGACCUUUCAGAAUCCGCAUGAGUUUCCUCAACUCCAAGUCCAACAGUGAACUGGCACCAAUAAGCUGGGUUGCCUCUGGUUUUCAAAAGACAUGCGGUGAUUUCAGGGUUGGAAGAUACCAGAUUUCUGAAACAGUCAACAUAUUUUCACACAAAGUCUGCUGGACUAAAGGCCCGCGUGGGGUUAUCAGGAUUGUUCCUCAGAAAGGUGAUACAUGGGCAUUGUAUCGAAACUGGUCUCCUGAUUGGAAUGAGCUUACGCCUGAUGAUGUGAUAUAUAAGUAUGAGAUAGUAGAAGUCAUUGAUGAUUUCACCGAAGAGGAAGGGCUGACUGUCAUUCCAUUGUUAAAGGUUGCUGGUUUCAAAGCUGUUUUCCAUCGGCACAUGGACACCAAGGAGGUUAGGAGGAUACCCAAGGGUGAGCUGUUCCGAUUUUCACAUCAGGUUCCUUCUCGGCUGCUGACUGGGGAAGAAGGCAACAAUGCCCCGGAAGGUUGUCAUGAGCUGGACCCUGCUGCAACUCCAGUGGACCUUCUUAAGGUUAUCACAGAGGUCAAGGAAGAUGAGGCGGUGCAGACUGCUAAAUAGAAGAGAGGGCAACUCUGAACACUGAAGAUAGCUUGAAUGUCUGAACUCUGAAGUGUCAAAUGUGCUUCACAGACGACAACAAGUUUGUUGGUCUCUUAGUUCUAUUAUGUCAUCUUAUUUUUGGCUGAUGACUUGGACAAUACUGCCAGGGCAAGCAGCUUAUGUUGCAGACUUCCGACUGUUAAUUCUUAGGCAUCUCUAACAUUCUGAUUUUAUCGCAAUACGGAUAUCAUUUAGAGUAAAAGACCAUCGAGCGGAGGCCGGUUGUGGCGAUUGAUGAGGUGAUUAGUCGAAGGAGAAGCUAAGGAGCCUCAUGACUUGCUGAAGGUGUUACUUGUUUGCCACUAUGUUCAGGUAUGGUGUUCGCCUGUUCGGCAUACCGUGCUUAGCCCAGUUUGAGGGGGGAGCUGCUACUGGGCUUCCCCGUGUACCCUGGAUUGAUUGAUGUACCAAUUUACCUAAGAUGUUGUAUUUCCUUUUUAAUCUAUAGUAAUUCAUAUGUUGGACUUGAUGAUUCGAAAAAUCCUAAUUUGAACUCGGUGAACUGGAUCGGCAAUUUAAUAUUAUAUUUAGUGGAUGCUUUAGCUUUUA